AAGGUAACGUCGGUAAUGAAGAAGGCAGUACCAAUAGAAUACAAUGGAAAGAUACUUACGAUCUCCCAUGGAUUUCUAGCGGCAGAGAGAAAAAAUUCUUGACAGGGCUGUUAGGCGGCGGCGGAUCGGGUAUUAAGACAAAAGGCGAUACUCUCUUGUUUCCAGUGGAAGGCACAAAAGAGGAUGGGAAAGCCGUUUCGCUGAUUAUGUACUCCUCGGACACUGCGGGUUGGGUUGUAUCGAGGGAGAUGUCUGACGAUGGCUGCAGUGAUCCCUCCGUCGUGGAGUGGAAGGGAAAACUCAUGAUGAUGACUGCAUGUGAUGAUGGCCGCCGCAGGGUAUAUGAGUUUACUCUAACGGAGUCGUGGACGGAGGCACUCGGGACCCUCUCGCGCGUGUGGGGCAGCGAACACACGGGACAUGCGAAGGGCGUUCGAAGCGGGUUCACCACAGCGAGGAUUGAGGAAAAGGACGUGAUGCUCGUUACUCUGCCGGUGUAUCCUGAGAAUGAAGGAAAAGGCAAUGAAAAAGUUGAGCUCCAUCUUUGGCUAACGGACAAUACGCACAUUGCUGACAUUGGCCCGGUAUCCGGGAACGAUAACGACGUUGCCGCCAGCUCCCUGUUGUACAAAAGUGGUGGAAAUAAUAAUAAUGAGAAGUUGAUUGCACUGUACGAGAAGAAGGGCGGUGGGGAAUCAUCACUCGGUAUGGUCUCUGUGCUUCUGACUGCGCAGCUGGAGCGGGUGAAGGAGGUGCUGACGACCUGGAAGAAGGUGGACGAACGUGUCUCUCAGCUGUGCACCUCUUUAAUUGCUCAGGAGGAUCGCUCAACUGGCAAUGCCUGCACUACUGAUAAGAUCACGGCUGGGCUGGUUGGCUUUUUGUCCGGCAACUUCUCUGGGAGCACGUGGAGGGACGAGUACCUCGGGGUGAACGCCACAGUAACGAGCGGUGUUGGGACGGGAAAUGGCGUGACGUUUACAGGGCGUGGCGCAGGGGCUGAGUGGCCCGUUGGCAAGCAAGGGGAGAAUCAGCUGUACCACUUUGCGAAUUACAACUUCACUCUUGUGGCGACGGUGUCCAUCCACAAGGCGCCGGAGGGAGUUACCCCUAUUCCUUUGAUGGGUGUGAAGAAGAUGAAUGGUGGUAAGAGUACUGUAUUCCUGGGACUUUCGUACAACAAAGAAAGGAAGUGGGAAUUGCUGCAGAGUGGCGGAACGCGCAAUGCUCUCAGCGGCACGUGGGGGACAGAUGCAACGCACCAGGUUGCCAUUGUGCUACAGAACGGGAAACAGGGCUCCGCGUACGUUGAUGGUCAGCGUGUGGGGAAUGUGCAAUGUGAAUUGGAAAAUGCUGAUCCCAAAGGGAUAUCACACUUCUACAUUGGAGGCGAUGGAGGCAGCACAGGCAACACAGAAAGCCGAGAAGUCGUGUCUGUGACUGUGACGAACGUUCUGUUGUACAACCGCCCGUUGGAUGACACUGAAAUUAAUGCGCUUAAUGCAAAUAAAGUUCUUAUUUCAAAGCUGGAAGAGCGAAGCACGGCGGCGGAGGAAACUCUUUCAAAAGCGGUAAGUGGACCACUUGCGCAGGGAGCCGUCUCCCAGUCUUCUCCUGGCGAACCACAGCAGACGAGAAAGGAAUCGUUGAUGGGGAGCAGUGGUGAGAAUGGGGAGACGGCGGGAGGAACAUAUGGGCAGGAAGAAUUCCAGCCACGGGUCAGGGAACUAAAUGCUACGGCACCCAGCAGCAAACUUGGAAAUUUGCCGCAGGAAAAUAAUAGUGAUGCCGGCACCAUGCGUGAGAUCAGGAUGCUGCUGCUGCUUCUUGUGUUGGGAUUGUGGGGGUUUGCCGCUCUGUGA